GGGGGCAAAGGUAUUUGCGGGGAGCGGGGAAGGAGCCAGGCGUACCCCAUAACCCUUCUGUCUCUGCCACAGUGCGGCUCCACGACAGCAUCUCCGAAGAGGGCCACCACUACCUGAUAUUUGACCUGGUCACCGGUGGGGAGCUGUUUGAAGACAUUGUGGCCAGGGAGUACUACAGCGAGGCGGAUGCCAGCCACUGCAUCCAGCAGAUCCUGGAGGCUGUCCUGCAUUGCCACCAGAUGGGGGUGGUCCACCGGGAUCUGAAGCCCGAGAACCUGCUGCUGGCAUCCAAGCUGAAAGGUGCUGCCGUCAAACUGGCUGACUUUGGCCUCGCCAUCGAGGUGGAGGGGGACCAGCAAGCGUGGUUUGGUUUUGCUGGCACCCCGGGAUACCUCUCCCCUGAGGUGCUCCGGAAGGACCCCUACGGCAAAGCCGUGGACCUGUGGGCUUGCGGUGUCAUCCUCUACAUCCUGCUCGUCGGGUACCCGCCCUUUUGGGAUGAAGACCAGCACCGACUCUACCAGCAGAUCAAGGCUGGGGCUUACGAUUUCCCCUCCCCGGAGUGGGACACGGUCACUCCUGAAGCGAAAGAUCUCAUCAACAAGAUGUUGACCAUCAACCCAUCCAAGCGCAUCACGGCAGCGGAGGCCCUCAAGCACCCCUGGAUAUCG